UUCACACGAGUCACUCGAAGAGCUCUCUCUUCCACAGAAUGGAGCAACUCCCCCAAAUGUCCCACUUGGAGCCAGAGGUUUGACAACGAGGAGGUGCCCCACGUCCUGCCCGUGGCCAGCCCGGACAUGACAGCCCCACACAACAGGUCACAUGCGGGCCUUUCUCCGCACCUGGAGUCCUACGAGUACCGCAUCGCCGCCCUGGUCUUCUACGGCUGCAUCCUGGUGGUGGGGCUAUUCGUCAACACCACGGCCCUGUGGGUGUUCAGCUGCAGCACCAAGAAGCGGACCACGGUGACCGUGUACAUGAUGAACGUGGCCCUGCUCGACCUGGUCUUCCUGGUCAGCCUGCCCUUCCGCAUGGUCUACUAUGCCCGGGGCCAGUGGCCCUUCGGGGAGCGCUUCUGCCAGGCCCUGGGGGCCCUCACAGUGCUGUACCCCAGCGUGGCGCUCUGGCUGUUGGCCUUCAUCAGCGCCGACCGCUACAUGGCCAUUGUGCAGCCCAAGCAUGCCAAGGAGCUGAGGAACACGGGCAAGGCCAUGCUGGCGUGCGCGGGAGUCUGGGCAAUGACCCUGGCCAUCACCAUCCCGCUCCUGCUGCUAGAUCGGGACCCUGAGCCACCGGGACCUAGCCCGGCCACCUGCCGGCACCUGUCGAGCCUGGUCCACACGCGGGCGGCCGAUGUGCUCAACUUCACGCGGCUCAUCUUCUUCUUCCUUACGCCACUGUGCAUCAUGAUCGGCUGCUACCUGGUGAUCGUGCACAGCCUGCUGAGGGGCCGCACGUCCAAGCUGAAGCCCAAGGUCAAGGAGAAGUCCAUCCGCAUCAUCGUCACGCUGGUGCUGCAGGUGCUGGUCUGCUUCACGCCUUUCCACAUCUGCUUCGCGCUCCUCAUGCUGGCAGGUGGCGACAACGGCGGCCUGGGCCCCUGGGGGACCUUCACCACCUUCCUCAUGAACCUCAGCACCUGCCUGGACGUCAUCCUCUACUACAUUGUCUCCAAGCAGUUCCAGGCUCGUGUCAUCAGCGUCAUGCUGUAUCGCAACUACCUGCGAAGCGUGAGGAGGAAGAGCUUCCGCUCGGGCAGCCUCAGGUCCCUGAGCAACGUCAACAGUGAGAUGCUCUGA